CGCCCUCUGCUGCAGGCCGUGCACGCUCCAACAAAGACCGAUGUCGCACUAGGCUAGCCCCAUUUGCUCCCGAUGAGCUCGACAAGGAGAGAGCGCCCCUUGACAAGCUUGCUUCCCUUACUAUCACAGCAUUGACGAUCAGUUCCGAGUUGGACCCCCACCACACCUAUCAUCUCCAUCGCUCGCCAGCAUGAUCACGACGGCUCCACCUCCUGCGACGCCGCCUCACUCACUGCCAAGGAGCAGCAGCAUCCACAUCGGCUUGAACACGGACUCCAAGACAGAGCCAGGACCUUCUUCUUUGUCCUCGAUGCGCCCUGACAUGACCGUGCGCCCCUCAUACUCACAAUCUCAACCAGUCGACGCUGGCCAUCUGGCCUCACCCGACAUCUUGGACGAGCUGCUGCCUCGAUGCCGCUCACAGCAGCGAUCCGCCCCUAAUGCAGGCCGCCCCUCGCUCCACCACGAUGUCGAGCCCUCCAACUCAUCCUCACGCCCACUACGCGCCCUCUACACUCGCCGCUUCCCCUCCCUCCCCCAACCAAAUGUUCUUCACUACGUCCCCGCAUCCCUGUCCCCUCACUCUCCACACCUCUCCCUCUUCACCGCUUGGCAGAAAUCGCCCCGCGUAGCUCAAGGAUGGGACCAGGCGUGGAGCGAGGAGAAGCAGCGCGCCUACCUGGCUGAUGUGCAGGGGCGAGACGACCAGCUCGGGCUGAUCGGUUAUUGGAGCCGCUCGGAGAUGGACAAAGGCGACGAGCUGGGCAAGCCUUGGGGUUACAUUGAGAUCUACUGGGCUGCCGAGAGCAACCUGGCGCCGCAUUAUGACUGGCCAGAGCAGGCAAUGGGCUUCCAUGCACUCGUGGGAGAGGAGUGGGCUCGAGGACCUCAUCGCGUUCAUGCUUGGAUGCCGUCUGUUGUCGAGAUGAUUCGUCAGCUCGAGCCGCGCUGCCCGCUCAUUUGCUCCGAGCCCAAGGUCACCAAUGACAAGAUGAUCCGCUAUGAGUGCGAGACUGGUGGGAGGGUUCAUCGUGAGAUCCAAUUGCCUCACAAGCGUGCCGCACUGGUACUCUGGGAGCGAGAGGAGACGAGUGGGGAGGGGGAGAACGAGGCGGAGGAGGCAAAGGAGGCGUAGCUGGCGAAAGGGAAAAAGGGAACAAGGGCGUCGAAACGGCCACAGGGCAUCAGCAUCAUGUCACGCAUCAGCAAGCGCAGCAAGCAAGCGCACUAAGCAAAUCUAUUUCUCUCAUACCCUCAUUCCCUCGUCAGAUCCUCUUCUCCCUCAGAUUAUCCCACUUGCUUGUAGGAUAGUCGAGAUGGUUGGGCGUCGCAUCAAGCGGGGCCAUCUCCCGCGCCACUCUCCCCACAAUGCUGCCCUCGCCCUCUCUAUCCCCGCUCAAUUCCCACCACAUCGCCCCCUUCAUUCCCCUGUCGCGCAUGUACCUCACCUUAGCCAGGGAGGACUGCAUGCUCUCGUAGGUGACAAACUUCUUCUUGUCAGCAUCAUAGCAGCUCGCCGCGACCGCUUGAGGAUCGAAGUGCUCCUGUGAUCCCGGCAAGGGCAGUGCUUUGU